UGGGGCCUGCGGCCAAGCCCUGGGGUAUAAGCGGGAGCUGGCAGGCGGCGGAGCACCUGCAGGGACAGCUCCCGUGCAGGUGGCAGCAGGUGCUUGCAGCCCGGCCCCAGCAUGAGCUCCUUCGACCUCCCGGUGCCGUCGCCCCCCCACUGCGGCCCCCAGUUCCCCAGCCUGGGCCAGGAGCCCCCCGAGGUCAACCUGUACUACGAGAACUUCUUCCACCCGCAGGGCCUGCCCAGCCCGCAGCGGCCCCCCUCCUUCGAGGGGGGCGGCGAGUACGGGGCCACCCCCAACCCCUACCUCUGGCUCAACGGGCAGGCCGUGACCCCGCAGCCCUACCUGCCGGGCCCCAACGCCAGCCCCUUCCUGCCGCAGGCCUACGGGGUGCAGCGGCAGCUGCUGCCCGGCGUGUCCGGCGUCGGGGGCGGCGAGCUGGGCUGGCUGCCCAUCCCGUCGCAGGAGGAGCUGAUGAAGCUGGUGCGGCCGCCCUACUCCUACUCGGCCCUCAUCGCCAUGGCCAUCCACGGGGCGCCCGACAAGCGCCUCACCCUCAGCCAGAUCUACCAGUACGUGGCCGACCACUUCCCCUUCUACAACAAGAGCAAGGCGGGCUGGCAGAACUCCAUCCGCCACAACCUGUCGCUCAACGACUGCUUCAAGAAGGUGCCCCGCGACGAGGACGACCCAGGCAAAGGCAACUACUGGACCCUGGACCCCAACUGUGAGAAGAUGUUCGACAACGGGAACUUCCGCCGGAAGAGGAAGAGGAAGUCGGACGCCCCCUCGGGCCCCGGGGAGAAGUCGGAGAGCGGGCUCCUGGCCGGCAGCCCCAAGAGCGCAGACGCCCAGGACCUGCUGGAGAGCACCUCCCCGGGCUCCGCCGGCUCCCCCGAGCAGCGGCCGUCCCCCGGGCCCCCCGGCACCCCCUGCCUCAAUGGCUUCCUCUCCUCCAUGACAUCCUACGUGAGCGGGGCUGGCCGCCCCGUGGCUGCGCCGGGACUGAGUCCUGAGCCCGCCGACAAGAUGGGGCAGAACUUGGUGAACUUCAACUCCUACACCCCGCUCACCAACCUCGGUGGCCACGGGGCCGGGGGCGAGUGGGCCAACCCUGUGCCCCCCAACGCCCUGGGCUACGGAGGCCCUGUCCUCAACCAGUUCAGCCCCCACUUCUACAACAGCAUCAACACAAACAGCGUCCUCUACCCCCGGGAAGGCACCGAGGUCUAGGCCGCACGGUUCCUGAGCCACAGGGACAGGCCCGGGGUCCCCCUGGCCGCCCAGGCACCUCCGAGCUGCCCAGACAGACACAGGAGGCUCAGAGCAAUCCCUCCUGUUCCCAGAACCUGGUGUAAGCCUUCCGUGUCACCCACACCUGGACACACACCCACAGCUUUGCACUGGAAAUGCUGGUGCCUGAAGGACGGUCACCGAGGCGGCCCUUGUUGAGCACUUACUGUGUGCCUGGAGCCCUACUAGGCGCUGGAGGCCUAACCACACUUACUAUAUCUAGCUACCUUGCGGGGUCUUAUGAAGGUCCUCCUUUAACAGAUGAGAAAACU